AUGAGCGAUGUUUACAUCGUAGUCGACACCCGCACCACUUGUGAUGACACAAACACUUAUGUGACAAAAGACACCACGGAAGUGAUAUCUUUCUCGUGGGCAGCCAUAGACACAACCACUUUGAAAGUAUUGCAUUCACAAACGGUUUUGAUACGGCCAACAAACACCCCGAUCACCCUGUUUUGCACGCAGUCAUGUGGCUUGACGUGGGAACAUGUGAGGAAUGCAGGAUCGUUUAAGGAUGCAAUCACCGAGUUUGAUAGCUGGGUGAGCACCGAACUCUUGAGCCAAAACAAGGAGUUUGCAUUUGUCACUUUUGACAGCUCCAAAUUCAGGGUGCAACUACCUCGAGAAGCUAGACACAAGGGAGUCGUUUUACCGCCUUAUUUACUGCAUCCAAAACACUUUGAUCUUCCGUUGGAGUACUCCAAAUGGCAAACGAGUCACCCGGAGGCAUUGUCAUACCCGGCGUCAUCAUUGUCGAAUUUGAUAACUGCUUUGGAAGUUGAAGUCGAAGCGGACGAGACCGCUGAGUGCCAACAACCAUUGGCCACAGCCACAGCCGCAACUGACGCGGAUGCAGAUGCUGAUGCUGAUGCAAGUAUUGUUGCGAGAACCAAGACUAAUAACUCAUUUGACAUUUUGGUCAAGAUUGUGAUUCAAUUGAUAAAGAAGGCCCAACCGGUAGAAGAGCACCCAACCGUUUUCACCAAGCCAUACGAUAUGGGCCAGGAUGUAAAGGCAUUUGUUUCCGAAAGAUCCAAAGUGCUUUACUUAUCAAACUUGCCCCACGAUACGACCCAGUCGGAAUUGGAGUUUUGGUUCACCCAACACGGAGGCAGACCAGUAGCGUUUUGGACAUUGAAAAACUCCGAUGACAGCAAGCUUGCCGCGGGGCAGGCCAACAAAGUUAUUGGCGGGUUCGCGGUAUUUGCAAACCACGAGGAAGCAACAGAGUCCUUGUCGAUGAAUGGUAAAGCCUUGGGCGAUAGAGCGAUUGAAGUGCAGCCGUCUUCGACCAACGUGUUGGACACGGCGAACGACUUGUUAACGCCGUUCCCGCCAUCAAAGAAUAGGCCAAGGCCGGGGGACUGGACUUGUCCCUCGUGCGGCUUUUCAAACUUUCAAAGAAGGACCCACUGCUUUAGGUGCUCGUUCCCAGCCUCGAGUGCUGUUGCAAUACAAGAAUCGAUUUUUUUCAACUCAGCGUCGAAAUCGGCAAGCCUGCAAAAGAGCGGUGUUGAAGAACGCAACACCAACAUCCACCAGGAAAGCUAUGGGAAUGACGCCUUGAACAAGCAAAUUGCCCCCAACAUCGAAGCUUCUCAAACUUCGCAGGUUGCGAAACCAACUACAAGUUUCUACAGCACUCUGAAUUCUACAAAUGAAAGCCUAUCUCACAACACAAGUGGCUCACAACACAGGGGCAAGUUCAGCAGUGGUGUUCCUUUCCGAGCGGGAGACUGGAAAUGCGAGCUCUGCUUCUACCAUAAUUUUGCAAAGAAUCUGUCGUGCUUGAAAUGUGGUGCGACAAAGCCGUUAAUGCAAUUUAGCAAUAUUCAAAACAAUGCGAUACACUCUGUGAAUUCGACAGCUGCUGCCAUAGCUGCUGCUACAGCUAGUGGGCAGCCAUUGAAUCUAAGCAACAGUUUUAUGAAUUUUCAACAGAAUCCCAACUACGGUCAACUUCAUUUGCAACAGCAACAGCAACAACCACAGGCACAACAGUCACAACAAUCACACCAAUCACAACAACAACAAUCGCUACAGCCACUACAACAACAACAACAACACGUGCAUCAAACGCAGCAGAGAAACGGCUCUGGAAUCCCAAUGCGUUCCACUUCGACGUCAUAUGAGAAUGGGUAUGGCCAUAGCCACACCAAUCCAAUGAUAAUAAACUCACAAACUUCGCAGAGCCAAGCUGGUCUUUCGAAAUUGUUGUCCCAGCACCAGCAGUUGAAUCAGCCUCCCAAACAUGGAGAUUUCUUGGCUCACAUGAACUACCGGAGGUCUCCCGUGUUGAAUAACUCAGUUGACGGUAUGCACCAUCACGCUGGACAAAUGUAA